AGGAUAAAAAGUAAAACUAAAAGGUUUAUUGUGCACUUCGCAGUUUUGACCCUUAUGAGCCACCGUCGACUGUCCAACACACGUGAUCCAGUCAGUUGACAAGGCAAAACACGGCAGUAGAUCAGAAAGACAGGGCGACAUGGAGCAUCAUCGGGCUGACAGGGUGGGCCUGCUGUCUCCCCUGGAGGAGUCCAGCGCUGAGAUAAGCAAAGACAGCGGCAUCGUCUCACAGAGUGCGAGCAGUUUGUCCAUGGUGAGCGAAAUCCUCAGCAGCGGUACCGUGUCGCAGAGCCCCAGCUUUGGCGCAGCAGCUAACGUUGUCUCUCAGAGCCCGAGUCUGAACGAAGUAGCAGAGCCCGGGACACCCGACCAGCACUACACCGAGGAGGACGACGAGGUCCUGAGACACACCGCCCUCAGCUACUCCUCCUACAUCAGGGCGACAGCUGGAGAAGAGAUUCUGUGCUUGGACAAGAGCUUGGAAGAAAUGCUGACGCGAGUAGACGAGUUUGUCGGAAUGCUGGAUAUGAUCCGUAAUGAUACUUCCCAGAUAGUGAAUGAAAACCUACCUCAAAUCCAGCAGAAGUCGGAGGAAAUGAGACAAAUAUACAGAAGAAUUGAUAAGUUAGAGGCCUUUGUAAAGAUGGUGGGAGCCAAUGUCAAUGCGAUGGAGGAGCAGGUCACGCAGGCAGAGGGAGAGUUAGGAACACUACCGGGUGCUUUCAAGAAGAUCCUCCGCACAAUGAGUGUCCCAGGCUUCUUAAAUAAACCAGCCAGCCCAAGAAGACCAGCACCACAUCAGCGCCAAGAGAUCCCGAGCGUGUUCCGGACAGACGAUUAUUUCACGUCACAGCCAGAGCAGUGACACACUAGAACAUUUAAGACGUCAUUUGGUUCUAACCUCAGAGGCCUGUUGGGUGAAACUGUAGAGACAACUUUUACUGCCAUCCACUACAAGAAGAUCUAUUGGUGCAGCAGCCUCAACGAAGCAAUAGUAGCCUUUCUGAACAAGUCACUGGAAGUCAAGUGCGGGAAGACAUUCUGCAUUUUGAGUGUCCCUUUCCUGGCAGCAACAAGCACUGAACUGUAGCAAAGUGAUUUUAAAAGUGCCUAAAUGGGUCUUAUCUCUGUCAGUCUUGUUUUCAUGAAUUGCGAAGAAAACAAUGUCAUUGGAUUUGUGACAAGUCAGGAGGACAUCCUUCAUGCCAAUAGGACACUAUAAACAAGGCACAACAGGAGGAGCUGUAAAGAUCUUAAGAUGUAUUACAUAAAGAAUUAACCCAGCUUUUUAUAAAUUAAAUUCCUGUUACUAGUGUUUGUAAAGACCUGCACGCUGUUAUGAAUUAACCUGUAUUUCUAAUGUCUCAUGCCCCCCCCCCCCCCCCCCCCCC